UGAGAGGACAGUUGCACUGAUUGGGUGCUCAUGACUAGGUCCCUGUCACGCUAGCGCGUGUCGCUUCCCGAUGACAUACCUAGGCUAGGGCCCCGCAAUUUACCACCUACAACCUAACAAUCCAGACAUCCAUCCAUUCCCGAUCCACAGCGACACCCACCUCGCGCCACACAACGGCAAAUCAUGGCUGACUCACCCAUUGCCACUCCAGGGUCCGCUGGAGCAGAGACGCCUGCGCAGCAGAAGGCACGGCUCCGUAGAGAGCGCCUCGCUGCGAAGAGCGGCGCCUCGCGGCUGCAACAGAUCUCGGCGCUGCAGGGCGGCCCGCCUAAAGAUCUCAGUGAAAUCGCAAAAGAUGUUCCCAUGCAGCCUUCACCAGCCCCAACAACUCGAGCAUUGUCCGGAACGGUAACGCCAGAUCCCGAUAUGGUAGACAUCUCGCAGCAUCACUACACACCCGCAUCUCAACCACGUCUGCCUUCCCCGUUUGCGUUCGAGGGCAGCGCCACGGGCGCCUUUCCUCAAUUUCCUCCGGCGCAAGGCGACUCGUCGCAGGAUCCGAUGAUGGCUAUGCUCCAGCAAAUGAUGGGCGCAGGUGCAGGCGGUAUACCGGGCGCUCAAGGCCAGCCAGGUGGCCCAAAUGAUCUCCCUCCGGGUCUCGCCAACAUUUUCUCGGCCAUGGGCGGUGGUGCUGGAGCGCCAGAACCGUUGCCAGAGCAGUCCUCGGCCUGGAUAUGGCGAUUGGUGCACGCUCUGUUUUCCCUUGGUCUUGCAGUCUACCUUGUAUUGCAAACGCCCUUCUCUGGGUCUAAGUUGUCACGCAACACUGCCCUGGCCGCUGUCGACGACGACUGGACUGUCGAAAGCACGAAUGCGCAGCACUUUGCGCACUUCUUUUAUCUCUUUGCUACCUUUGAAGUCAUCAUGCAAUCGUCACGGUACUUCAUCGAAAGGGGUCAACUGCAAGGGAAGGGGAUUCUAAACACAAUAGCGGGCUUCCUGCCACCGCCCUAUAGCGGCUACAUCAGGACCGUCUCCCGUUAUGGUAUUAUCUACACGACUGUCGCUAGUGACGCUAUGGUUAUCGUCUUCGUACUGGGCGCUGCUGUCUGGUGGAAUGGCGCUGGCGUUGCGUGAGCGUGUACGAGGCAUGUACUAUGGUCGACUAAUGUUAUCAACGUCGGCCAAUCAAUUGUGCAGCUCUGACCGUCAGUCAUUGGUCUCUCCGAUUGCUACCUGCCCAUAUGUUGUGUACCACGGCCCAAAAACCCGGUUCUGCCUGACUGCAGUUUCUCUCAGGCUACACAUGUGAGCGUCAAACUGUUUCACUCGUCAACUAUUGCUGGACCGUCAACAUCGACUUUUGCGCAGAUAGGGCGGGACGAAUUCCAAACAUGAGC